GUCAUUUUAGCUGCCGCACGGUCGGCACAAGAACUCGAACUUGAUUUUCCUCAGUUGCGGUCCGAUCGUGUUUUUGGUUUCAUCUCUUUUAUUUUCAUUCAUCGACUGACGACAGUUAGAAUUGUUUAACAUUCGUAACAAUGCGAAGCUUCCUGCUCUGGGCAUUUAUAUUUUUUGCAACGCAAUAUACCGAUGCCACACCUGCAAGAGUUGUAUGUUACUUCAGUAACUGGGCUAUCUACAGACCUGGAGUUGGAAGAUAUGCUUUAGAAGAUGUACCAGUAGAUCUUUGUACUCACAUCGUCUACUCUUUCAUUGGUGUAGACGAUAAAACUUGGGGCGUCCUAGUAAUAGAUCCAGAGCUGGAUGUGGACCAAAAUGGCUUCAAUAACUUCACAGCUCUUAAAGCAACACACCCGAAUGUCAAAUUCCAAGUAGCUGUAGGAGGAUGGGCCGAAGGCGGUGAAAAAUAUUCUGCUAUGGUAGCUGACAAGUCUAGAAGAGACACAUUCAUAAGAAGCGUGGUUGACUUCAUGAAUAAAUAUGGAUUUGAUGGUUUUGAUUUGGAUUGGGAAUACCCAGGAGCAGCAGACAGAGGUGGCAGUUUCUCUGACAAAGACAGAUUUUUCUAUUUCGUCGAAGAACUGAGAAGAGCUUUCAAUAAAGAGGGCAAAGGCUGGGAAAUUACAAUGGCCGUACCAAUCGCCAAAUUUAGACUUAACGAAGGAUACCACGUACCAGAACUUUGCGAAUUACUUGAUGCUAUACACGUGAUGUCAUACGAUUUGAGAGGAAAUUGGGCCGGAUUUGCUGACUCGCACAGUCCUUUAUAUAAGAGACCACAUGACCAAUGGGCAUACGAAACUCUGAACGUUAAUGACGGUCUUCAACUUUGGGUGGACUACGGAUGUUCACCGAAGAAACUUAUUGUCGGAAUUCCAUUUUACGGAAGAUCAUUCACGUUGAGCAACAGCAACAACAAUUACAAUCCAGGCACUUACAUCAACAAGGAAGCAGGUGGUGGUGACCCAGGUCCAUACACCAAUGCCACCGGAUUCUUGGCAUACUACGAGAUUUGUACCGAAGUUAACAAUAAAGAUGCUGGUUGGACUAAAAAAUGGGAUGAAGCUGGAAAAGUACCUUAUGCUUACAAAGGAAACCAGUGGGUUGGAUACGAAGACCCAGAAAGUGUGCAAAUUAAAAUGGACUGGAUCAAAUCUAAAGGCUAUGGUGGUGCAAUGAACUGGGCUAUUGAUAUGGAUGAUUUUCAUGGUUUAUGUGGACCCAAGAACCCGCUCAUUCAUAUUCUAGCCGCUAACAUGAUGUCAUAUGACGUGCCCGAACCUACCCACACGACCACACCAAGACCUGAAUGGGCCAGACCACCAAGCACCCCAUCAGAAGACGGAUCCAAACCAGUAGUGACCACUCCCAAACCCGGACAAUGGGUACCACAAGCACCAACAAGCACUACAAGGAAGCCUAAACCGACAACUGCUGCUACUACAACAAAGAGACCAACCACCCAGCCACCGGCAUAUGUUGAACCAGUUGAACCAGUCGAACCAGAAGAACCAGAUAACGAGGUACACUAUCCGGAGUUGCCCCACCCCGGAAGUCCUCCAAAACCUACAAAUCCUCCCAUUCCACCAAAGCCAACAGAAGCUCCAAAUCCAGAUUUUGAAUGCAAAGGUGAUUUCAUGCCACAUGAAGACUGCACAAAGUAUUAUCGCUGUGUACAUGGAAAACCAAUGAUUUUCUCUUGUAAACCUGGCACUGCUUACCAUACUGUGACAAAUGUCUGUGAUUGGCCAGCGAAUGUGGACCGUGAAGAGUGCAGAAAAUCUUAAGUUUUAUUAAUAUCUUCUAUGCACUUGUUUGUAAGACUUAUCGUAUAGUAUUUUUAUUUAUUAAAUCUGUGUAAAAUGA